AAUGCAAAAGGUCCGCAGAUAUCAUCGCUGUACAGGAUGUCAACACAGAACGAAAUGAGCUAAAUUUUGAGAUUGCCUAGAGAUUCUAUUACUUUCUCAUUCCAUGCGAUUCUCGUUCCUUGCCCACCUGCAAUCUUGAGUUUUCUAAUGGUGAGAAUCAAGUAUGAAUUGUAGCUUUUAGGACUGGAAUUUCAGAGUACUGAAAACGUUUUCAACUGUUAAAUGUUUGUUCAAUUCUGAAAACUCUCAGGCUUACCACUGGCAAUGUCAUUGUGAUAUAUGUAGACUGAGUAACACUGCACAUUUUCCACGCUCCACCCACAAUCAUAAAAUGCCAUUGCUUAUCUCAAUCUCACAGCAUUAUGUUAGAGGCGACGCUGCAGGUUCCGCUUACUACACACAACCCCCCUGAAGACUACUCUACACAUCUCCAAUCAUGGCAAACCUGUAUUCUCAAGAACACGCUUUCACAAGGAAAAAAAGUUCACUCUUUCAUCCCUCACAGGCGAUUUGCAUUUACUACACGCACAACUUUUUACAAUAAGCUUAUUCACAUGUAUGUCAAGUGCGGGAGUUUAGUGGAUGCCCGUAAAGUGUUUGAUCACAUAAAAGAACGAGACAUCGUCUCCUGGAAUACAAUUAUUGCAGCAUAUAAAACACAUGGGUUUCCUGACGAGUCAGUCGCAUUGUUUCACCAUAUGCAACAAACAGGUCUCCAACCAGAUCAAUUCACAUUUGCCAGCGUACUCCCUGCCUGUGCCAAAAUUGGUGCUUUGGAAGAGGGUAUGAGUAUCCAUAAAAACAUAAAGGAUAGAGGAAUUUUGGCGGAUGUUGUAGUUGCAACUGCCCUGAUAGACAUGUAUGCCAAAUGUGGAAGCAUAGACAAAGCACGUGAACUGUUUGACAAAAUGCCUGAAAAGAAUGUGGUUUCAUGGAAUGCCAUGAUUGCAGGAUAUGCAACAUGUGGAACGAUAGACAGGGCAGUUGAAUUGUUUAACAGGAUGCCUCAAAGAAAUGUGUUCUCGUGGAAUGCCAUGAUUGCAGGAUAUGCACAAAAUGGAUUUGUUGACAAAGCUUUAGAAACUUUCAAGCAAAUGCAAUUGGCAGGUGUAAGUCCAGAUUUGACAACGUUUGCUAGCAUCCUCCCUGCCUGUGCCAAAGCGGGAGCUUUGGAACAGGGUAUGGGAAUCCAUAAAAGCAUGGAUGAUAGAGGAAUUAUGCCAGAUGUUGUAGUUGCAACUGCACUGGUUGACAUGUAUGCAAAAUGUGGAAGCAUAGACAAGGCACGCGAACUGUUUGACAAAAUGCCUCAUAAAAAUGUGGUCUCAUGGAAUGCUAUGGCUGCGGGAUAUGCAAAAUGUGGAAACAUAGAGAAGGCACGUGAACUGUUUGACAGAAUGCCUCAAAGAAAUGUGUUUUCAUGGACUGCAAUGAUUGCAGGCUAUGCACAAAAUGGAUUUGUUGAAAAGGCUUUACAAACUUUCAAGCAAAUGAAAUUGGCAGGUGUAAAGCCAAAUUCCACAACCUUUGCCAGCAUUCUCCCUGCCUGUGGCAAAGUGGGAGCUUUGGAACAGGGUAUGGACAUCCAUCAAAGCAUGAUAGAAGGGGGGGUUCUGUCAGAUAUUAUAGUUGGAAAUGCUCUGGUAGACAUGUAUGCAAAAUGUGGAAGCAUGAACAAGGCACAGGAAUUGUUUGAUAGAAUGCCUCAAAGAGACGUGGUCUCGUGGACUGUGAUGAUUGGAGGUUAUGCACAAAAUGGAUUUGUUGAAAAGGCUUUAGAAACUUUCAAGCAAAUGAAAUUGGCAGGUGUAAAGCCAAAUUCCACAACCUUUGCUAGUAUCCUCCCUGCCUGUGGCAUAAUGGGGGCUUUGGAACAGGGUAUGGACAUCCAUCAAAGCAUAAAGGAUAGAGGACUUUUGUCGGACAUUGUAGUUGCAACUGUCCUGGUAGACAUGUAUGCAAAAUGUGGAAACAUAGACAAGGCACGUGAGCUGUUUGACGUAAUGCCUCAAAGAGAUGUCAUCUCAUGGAUUGCAAUGAUUGCAGGUUAUGCACAAAAUGGAUUUGUUGAGAAGGCUUUAGAAAUUUUCAAUCAAAUGCAAGUGGCAGGUGUUAAGCCAAAUUCCACAACCUUUGCCUGUGUUCUAUGUGCUUGCAGCCAUGCAGGUUUAGUGGAACAGGGCUGUACAUACUUCAAUCACAUGAGUAACUCUUAUUGCAUUACACCUACAAUUGAUCAUUAUGUGUGCAUGGUUGACCUUGUUGCCCGUGCUGGCUACCUUGAAGACACUUUAAAAUUUAUCAUUAAGAUGCCAGUUAAACCUAUGGUGGUUGUGUGGAUGAGUUUUCUUGGUGCCUGUAGAUCACAUAUGAAUAUAGGCUUAGGAGUAUUCAUAGCGAUGCUGCUAUUUGAUCUGGAUCCAAAAAAGGCUGCAACUUACGUUCUUCUCUCAAACAUCUAUGCAGAAGCAGGCAGGUGGGAUGAGGUUCAAAUGGUAAGGAGAUUGAUGAAAGAUAGAGGAAUUAAAAAGAUCCCUGGAUGUAGUUGGAUUGAAGACCAACAAAUGGUACAUACUUUUUGUGCAGGAGACAGAUCACAUCCGCAGACACAUGAGAUCUAUGCAAAGUUGGAGAAGUUGGCUUGGGAGAUGAAGGCAGCAGGGUAUUUUUCAGAUUCAAAACAUUUACUUAAUGAUGUAGAAGAGGAGGAAAAAGAAUUGUUUCUCUGUCACCAUAGUGAGAAGUUGGCAAUUGCAUUUGGUUUGUUAAACACACCCUCUGGAACAACUAUUAGAGUUGUUAAGAACCUUCGGGUAUGUGCUGAUUGUCACACUGCAACAAAAUUUAUCUCCAAGAUUGCUGGAAGAGAAAUUGUUUUGAGAGAUGCAAACCGUUUUCACCAUUUUAAACAAGGAGAAUGUUCUUGUGGAGAUUAUUGGUAAUGCUAAAAGAAGCAAUUUGUUUGUUUUGAGUAUUUGACAAUCUAGCUCAUGAUAUUGGCUUCCUAAAAUCAGAUGCAUAACUGCUCAUAGACAUUAUUGGGGUAUCUAUCAAAGAUCUGUUAUAUGACAACAUGAAUAUUUCAUUGAAUUGUUUUUAUGAAAUUGAAAAGUUAGGGGAGGUGGAGAAAGGGUAAAAACAAAAGGUGGGAAACUAAGUAAAUGAAAAGAUGCUUGAUGAGUAGAAAAUGGGAGAGGAGUGUUCAUAAUUGUCUUUCCUAUUUUGUAUAGUUUUUUUGUUUGGAUUAAUUUUAUUAAUUUGUUUUCUUAUGUCAAGGUAAUUAUUUGAGAUUAAAUUACACAUUCUCGAUUUAGUAUGUAAUUUUAUGUAAGUGUAUGUAGAUUUUGUUUCCA